CGCGGGGGAAAAAGAUGAUGGUAAGGCUCUACCUCUGCAGGAGUGCUAAUAUCCCGUUUCCUUUCUCUAUUGGGACAUUUGUCAAACACCUUCCGAUCUCGCAACCAAACGCGUUUUAUCCUCGCAGAAUCAACGCAAAAAGGAUAGUUACAACAUCAUCUCAUAACUCUUCCUGUUUCGAGACCCUGACUUCCCGCCAAAAAAACCAGAUUCACCAUUACAUUGAGGCUCUUCUCGAUUGGAACCAGAAAAUGAAUCUUACUGCGGUCACGGACGUGAAUGAAGUCAUGAAAAGGCAUAUAGAGGACUCACUUGCAAUGCUACCUCCUAUUCGUGAUUCUUAUGUUUCGCAUUGCAACUCUUCGAUUGACAAUCUCAAACUUGUUGAUGUUGGGACUGGUCCUGGGCUUCCUGGACUGGUUUUAGCUAUUGCUUGUCCUGGUUGGAAAGUAACCCUUUUGGAGUCCAUGAACAAGCGUUGCGUUUUCUUGGAGCAUGCAGUGAGCGUUACUGGGUUGUCAAAUGUUGAAGUUGUAAGGGGUAGAGCAGAGAGUUUAGGGCAGAAUGAUUCCUUUAGAGAGCAAUUUGAUGUUGCAGUUGCCAGAGCAGUUGCGGAAAUGAGAGUUUUAGCGGAGUAUUGUCUUCCUCUAGUUCGAGUAGGUGGGUUGUUUGUAGCCGCGAAGGGCCAUGAUCCCCAAGUGGAAGUUCGAAAUGCAGAAAAAUCAAUCCAACUGAUGGGCGCAUCUAUAUUUCAACUUUGCUCAGUGGAAUCACACAGCCCAUAUGGGCAGCGUACAGCCAUCAUAUGUGUAAAAGAUCAGCCCACUCCAAGGAAGUAUCCACGUGAUCCAGGUACUCCGGCAAAAUUACCAUUGUAGUGCCCAAUCUUUUUUCCCCCUAACUACUAUGCCUCUUGCACCCUCAUAAAAUGUUUGUAUAGAAUGUUCUAUUUUCAGAUUAGUUUUUACCAUAAUCAGUGAAGCAGGUAAAAGUGUUGUAGAACCUUAAUGUUUGAUCAGUGGCUGACUUGCACUGGUCGUGCAGUCUUUAUUCUUUGAUUUUGUUUUUGUUUGCUUGGAAGAGUGUAUCCUCAAAUGGUUGUAAGUUAAUACCGUUUGUUUGUAUAAGAAGAUAAAUACUUGGUCA